GCCGCGGCCCGGAGCGAGGCUGGCGAGCACCGUUAGCCCGGCUGGCGCGCGGCGUCGGCCCGGCCGCCGUCAGGCCUCGCCGCUGCCCGGGGACAGACUCCCCGGCGGCUGACAGCCGCGGAGGCGGGACGACGGAGGACCGUCAGCCAGCAAUCGCGUAGCCCGAUCACCCAGGAAGAGAAAUUGUAAGCAGAUAAGAAGAACGCGUUCAGUUUGAGACACCAUUUGCAGCUGGAAAUGGGGAAUGGACUGUCAGACCAGACUUCCAUCCUGUCCAGCCUGCCGUCCUUUCAGUCCUUUCACAUUGUUAUUCUGGGUUUGGACUGUGCUGGAAAGACAACAGUUUUAUACAGGCUGCAGUUCAACGAAUUUGUAAAUACCGUACCUACCAAAGGAUUUAACACUGAGAAAAUUAAGGUAACCUUGGGCAAUUCCAAAACAGUCACUUUUCACUUCUGGGAUGUAGGUGGUCAAGAGAAGUUAAGACCACUGUGGAAGUCAUACACCCGAUGCACAGAUGGUAUUGUGUUUGUGGUGGACUCUGUCGAUGUUGAGAGAAUGGAAGAAGCCAAAACUGAACUUCAUAAAAUAACUAGGAUAUCCGAAAAUCAGGGAGUCCCUGUGCUUAUAGUUGCUAAUAAACAAGACCUGAGGAACUCGCUCUCUCUCUCAGAGAUUGAGAAGUUGUUAGCAAUGGGGGAACUGAGCUCAUCGACUCCUUGGCAUUUGCAGCCCACCUGUGCAAUCAUAGGAGAUGGGCUAAAGGAAGGACUCGAGAAACUACAUGAUAUGAUAAUUAAAAGGAGAAAAAUGUUGCGGCAACAGAAAAAGAAGAGAUGAAUGGCAGUACCUUUUAUAUUGGUGUGGAAUAGGUUUUCCUGGGUCUGAUUUCUGACAAGCUGAAGAGUGUCUACAGCCUGGUUUGCCUGUCUGCCCUCAUGGAUGCUAUUAAAGCUUUGUUUUGUUGAACAGUCAGAUACCCAACUCUGUUGCCUUGUGGAAGAUGAGUCAAUGCAAUGCUUCUUAAAGUGGUCUCUUCUCCCUGACCCACAAAUCUUUUGGUACUACCAUUUUGGGAAGUCAAAAAAGGCUAGUAAUUGACCAGAAAACAAUUUUGUGGAAAUUUGACCUGAAGUUAGUGAAAUAAAACUUUGAAGAGUGUAUGCCCUAGUGUUUUGUGCUUGUAUCUUUUGGGGGGAAGCCUUUGCCAAGAAAUUGCAAACGAGGCUUUGUAAACACAAAAUGCUAAUGAAUGGAAAUGUUAAGGGAGAUCAGUGUGUACACAUGCACACACAGCUAAGUUGAACACGCUGCGAUAAGAAGGAAGUAUUUUUUCUGGAGGUUUUGACAAGGUGGUUUUUAACGUUAUUCUGGAAACAAUUUAAUGCUAUCUCUUUAAUUCUAGAAAAUGUUUAAUUUAGUUGGUCUAGCAUUAAUUAAAAUAUUUGGGGUAUAUUCAAGUGCAUGGGUUAGUUUUCCUGACAAGCAUGUUUUGGUGUAUAGUUUUUAGAAAUAGCUAUGCAUCUGUCUACACAGGUUUAAAACAACAUUUUGGGGUCUUGGAGCUAUUGUAGAAAUAGUUCAUUGUCAGAAGCGCACUAUUACUUGAACCUAAAAAAUGACUGAUGUAAAUAUGAGUAUGUUGACUAAAUACAUAUGCUUGAAUACAUGAAUGGAUUUAUAGAGAAAGUGGUGGUGAAUUCAGUUAGAGGGAAUUACUGUAAUACAUAGUCUCUAAAUGAUCUAGUUAAAAGAUACUUGUUUUGUUACUAUUUACCGGAUGGAAACGGAUUUUUUUCAUAUAUUUUUGUAGCAUUUUGGGAGAAAUGAAAGCUUUAUAAUUACUUGAUACACCGUGGAAUGAAAAUGUAAGGUACCUUUCAGUAUGUGCUCUGAGCUUUAAUUUUUUUUGUUAAUUGGCUGAACAGUAUUUCCAGAGCUUCCUAGCUCUGGUUGUAGGAAGAAAUGGUACAGUAGUGCAGAUAGCAAUUAGGAGCCUAGAAAAUGAACGGGAGAAGUAGCAAAGCCAUUUUAAGACAAUUAACUGGUGCUGUUUCUUCUGUAAUAAAAACAAAAUGAAAUUACAAGGAGGGGAGAGCUUUCAUUUUUCUCUCCAGGAAGACUUAUUUCCAGAAAUCACAUACAGCAAAUCAGCAUGUUUCCUAUGUUUGAAGCCAACAGCUGUUUGUACUGAAAUCACCAAAGGAAGUGCACUUUGCUAACAGGACUCGGUUUGAUUUUUGAGCUUUUACUUUUUUUUUUCUUUUCAGUGACACAGGUGAAUUUUUGGAACUUUGAUUCUUGUUACAAAAUGACGUAGCACCCAGUGGAGCGUCCAUGUCAAAUGUGCCUGUGUUAGGAGUAGAGCUGUGGAGAAUAGUUACCAAUAAACAGCUGGAGGCAUUAGGAUAACAAUCUCACUUGGAGUUUAUAUGUAUUUCCACUUCUGUAGCUUUUAAUUAGAUGUGUAAGAAGAACGUUUAUCAGCUGGAAUGUUUAGUUUUAUACUAGUGUGGAUUUUCUCUGGUGAGGUUUCCACAGAAGGCUAGUUUCUGGGGGUUCACCCCACCCCCACCCCACCCUUUACUGAGUUCAGUAUUCUCCCCCAAAUCCCUAGUCUUGAUGGGAUCAUAAAGCUGGUUUUCCUCAAUUCUAAAUCAGUGUAAAUUUUCACUCUGCUUUUAACUGGGAGGCAGAUCUCUGAGUUCAAGGACAGCCAGGGAUACAUAAAGAGACCCUGUCUCAAACAAAACAAAACAAAACAAAAGUUUGUGUUCACUAGCUCUUGACCCUUGUUCUGUACCUUAGAAUUGGACCAUCAAGUCCAUGUUGUUCUUAUUUAUAGAACAGCAAAAUGGCCAUUGCAUAAAUUGUAUUUAUGUGAGCCACUUCAAUUAAAAAUUUAAGUUCAAAAUGUAUAUCACCUAUUAAAGCUAUUAAUCACAUAAGCUAAUGAAUCUAUGUAGGUUUUUAAUUUUAAGUUAAAAAGUAUCCUUUUUCAAAGUAUAUUUGUCUUUUUAAAGUGUCAGGGAUCAAACUCUGGGCCUCCUGUAUGUGAAGCAGUCAUCAAUGAACUACAUCUCCCAACACCUAAAGUGUAUUUCUAAAAUAGUUAACUGUAUUGGAAAUGAGUUGGUUUAUACAAAGUAUUAAUUGGGUUAAACAUUCUAAUUUAAAAUUACUACUAGCAAGCAAAGUUUUAAAAUAUCCUUUGAUACUUAAAGAGUCAUAUAUCCAAACUUAUGCUAAAAUAGAUUAUAAAUGUUAUGGUUUAGCCUAGAUAAAUUCAUUAAUAAUCAUAAAAUCCUUACAGGAAGCUAAAAACUGCAGUGUUAGGAUAUGUAGAUGGAAGUCAAUGACUACUAGUCUGUAGGUAACUGGAUGAUAGCUUAAGAAUGAGAGUAAAGGGCACAUAAUUAGAAUGUUUUGGUACGAGUUGGGAUUAUGGGUACAAUGGGUGCUUGCCUAUCAGGUACAGGGCUCUGGGUUUGAGUGCUAGCACUGCAAAGGAAAAAUAAAUCACUUACCAGAAUGGCUUGUUUAGAAGAGUUUAAUUGUUUAUAGUGGCCAUGAGAGAAAUCUGGUAUAGUGUAUCAGUGUUCUAUUUAAUGUAAUGGUUUUAUCAUAUAAACGAUGAUUUUAGCGGUAACAAAACACAAAAUGUUUCUUCAAAAUAAAUUAAUGCAACUUGGA